AUGGCCAUGGCAGUAUCGCAAUCCGAGGGCUUGAGCCUUCCAAAUAUCUCAACCCUAUUGGAAAAUAUUGUUGGCUGUCUGAAUACUGUUGGAUCGUCUCUCCCGAAAGCAAAGCGCGACCAGUUCUCCGACGUGUCGAUUGAGCCACUGCAAGAUGGAAUUUCGCUUUUGGACACUAAAUGCGAAUUGCUCCUCUCCUACCUGCAUAACCUCGUUUUUUUGAUGAUAUACGAGCUACGUGGGCUAUCAACAAAUAACAAAGAUGCAGAGACGGAUCAGUCUCUUCGGGAAGACAUCGUGAAAAAGCUCGUCGAACUACGUAUCUAUUUGGAUCGCGGCGCCAGGCCAUUGGAGGGACGGUUGAAAUAUCAGAUGGAUAAAGUGAUAAAAGCUGCUGAGGAUGCUGAAAGAGCGGAACACACAACGUCCAAGACCAAGGCGAGCAAAGUAGACGAAGCUAGCAGUGAUGAUGAAUCUGCGUCAGAGGAAGGCUCUAGUGACAGUGAAGAUGAUAUUGACGAAACGGCAUAUCGACCCAAUAUUACCGCCUUUGCGAAGAAAAUUGAGCCCUCAGAGAAAGCCGGGAAAACCGCUAAGAACACCACCCCCAGUGACGGUAUUUACCGGCCACCGAAGAUCAUGCCAACAGCUCUGCCUACCGCUGAACGCAAGGAACCCAGGGAACGCGGGCCCCGGAAGUCAACGGUUAUUGACGAGUUCGUCAGUGCUGAGAUGUCAUCGGCUCCCAUGGCGGAGCCUAGUAUUGGUAGCACUAUCACGCAUGGCGGAAGACACACGAAAUCAAAGAAGGAGAGGGAAAUUGAAGCUGAGCGAACAGCGUAUGAAGAAACCAACUUCACCCGACUUUUGGGAGAAAGUAAGAAGGAGCGAGCCAAGAAACGUGGGAAAGGGGUUGAGAGCACAUUCGGUGGUGAAGAGUGGAGAGGUCUCACCGAGGGUGCAGACCGCAUUUCAAGACUUACACGCAAAGCCAAGGGAAGUGGCAGCGCACUGGACAGAAGUCGGAAGCGAAAGAUUACAGAGGAUGGCCCUCGCAAUGAUGGCGGUGUGGGUCAAAUCUUUGAGAAACGACGAAAGAAGAUUGACAGCUGGAAGCGGUAG